AUGGCUUCCGUCAACAAGGACACUGCCCUCGCCGAAAUGGAGGCUCUUCAGACCAGACCUUCGACCUCAGAGAAGCGAGACCAAACCAAGGCCGCCGAAGUUGAGUACACCGAGAAGACCGAAGCGCAACCGGUCCCACCGGCCUGGGUCGAGGGCACGCCCGAGGAGAAGAAGCUCGUGCGCAAGAUAGAUUUCUGGUUGAUGCCCUCGAUAUGGAUCCUCUACUUGUUCUCCUACAUGGACCGAAGCAACAUCGGCAACGCGCGCAUCGCCGGAAUGGAAAGGGACCUCGACCUGAGCGACAAUGAAUACUUUCUGACCAUCAUCUCCUUCUUCGUGGCCUAUGUCGUGUUCGAAGUGCCGUCCAACAUGAUCCUCGCCCGCAGCCGCCCUUCGCUGUACAUCUCCUUCAUCGUCGUCCUCUGGGGCACCGUCGCGGGGCUGAUGGCCCUGGUCCAGACCCCGCUGCAGCUCAUCAUGGUGCGCUUCGUGCUCGGCAUCGCCGAAGCCGGCUUCUCGCCCGCCGUGCUCUACAUCAUUUCCGCCUGGUACCGCAAAGCCGAGCAGAGCAAGCGCUACCUCUGCUACCUGAGCGCAGGGAUCCUCUCCGGCGCCUUUGGCGGCAUCGUCGCGGGCGCCAUCGCCGCCAGCCUCGACGGCGCGCACGGCAUCGCGGGCUGGCGCUGGCUGUUCCUCGUCGAGGGCGUCACCACCGUCGGCGUCGGCCUCAUGGCACCCUUCUGCCUCAUGGACUAUCCGUCCAACUGCAAGAAACUGACCCCCGAAGAGCGCAAAUUGGCGUGUGACAGGCUGGCGGCUGAUAACAUCAGUUUCACCGACGGUGAGAACCACAUGAGCCAUUGGGAGACGCUGACGGGCUGUCUGCGGAGCUGGCGCGUGUGGCUGCUGGCCAUCGCGUAUUUGGGCGUCCUGGGCCCGUUUUCCUUCUCGUACUUCUUCCCCAUGUUGGUGCGGGGAUUGGGCUACACGGCCGUCAAUGCGCAAUUCAUGACCGCGCCCAUCUACUUCGUCGCCUUCGUCGUCGCCAUGCCCGUCUGCUGGUGGGUCGACCGACACACGCACAUCCGCGGCAUCGCCGUGUGCAUCAUCCUCAGCGCGGGGGCCCUCUUCGCGGCCCUCGCCGCCGGCAUCCUCGACUACACGUCGCGCUACGUGUUUCUGUGCUUCAUCACCGCCUCCGUCUGGACCGCCGCGCCCGUCGCCCUCGGCUUCGCCGCCGACAUGCUCUCCAACGCCGACCCGAAUGUGCGCGCCGUGUCCAUGGCGUUUAUCAACACCAUUGGCAAUUCGGGGCAGUUGUAUGGCGCCGCGCUGUUUCCGAGUAGUGACGGGCCGAGGUAUUUGACCGGCUUCGUGACUUGGGCGGCGUUGAUUGCGUUCGCGGCGGGAUUGUAUUGUUGUGCGUUCUUUGCCUUUAGACGGUGGCCUGUUAAGGGGAGGACUGUGUAG